AAACAAAUAGUACAUAACCGAAUAUUUGCAUUGUAUACAAAGUACUAGCUUUGUGUUUAAAAUGGCUGCCUCCACAGAUUUUUACCUCCGAUAUUAUGUUGGACACAAAGGCAAAUUUGGCCAUGAAUUUUUAGAAUUUGAAUUUCGUCCAGAUGGAAAACUGAGAUAUGCAAACAACUCUAAUUACAAAAAUGACACAAUGAUCAGGAAAGAGGCUUAUGUACACAAGUCAGUAAUGGAGGAACUAAAGAGAAUUAUUGAUGAUUCAGAGGUGAUGCAUGAAGAUGAUGCUUUAUGGCCACCUCCAGACAGGGUUGGCAGACAGGAGCUGGAGAUAGUAAUUGGAGAUGAGCAUAUAUCAUUUACCACAUCAAAGAUUGGGUCACUAGUUGAUGUAAAUCAGAGCAAGGACCCGGAGGGUUUGAGGACAUUCUACUACCUAGUACAGGAUCUCAAAUGCCUUGUGUUCUCUCUUAUUGGACUGCACUUUAAGAUCAAGCCUAUAUAAGUUCUGUAGUGACAAAGAGAUUUUAAAUUCCAUUUCCAGAAAAUCAUCAACAUUGCCUAUUAAUGGGUAAUGUUAUAUAGCAAGUGUCUAAGGAUGUUACUUCUACAGUAAAAGAAAUACUAGUAUGUCUGAUGGUUAGAAAUAACUAACAGCAUAAUAAUGUGAAAUAUUCUAAUAAAAGUGAAGGAUUUUAGAUUUUACUUUUCUUAUGUUUCUUUACAAAAAAAGGUGAAAAGAAGUCUUUAGUUGUAAUUCUCUUGCAAAAUAUUGUAUCGAUAAUGAUUUAAAUGACUUUGUUUUUUAAACUCUUUUAUUUUUCUAGGUUGAAAUGUUUUACUUUGCAUUCAAAUAUUUUAUGAACAUAUUUGCAACUCAACUCAACUCAACUCAACUCAACUCAAUUUUAUUUAAGUAAAUAAUGGCCUCCGGCCCAAAAUACGCAACAGUAUAAAUAUUAUAGUGUAUACAUGUAUUGAAUGUAGUUGCAUAACAUAUAAAAUUAAAAUAAAAUAAGUCAAGAGCUGGUACUUUUCAACAAGUGAAAAAUGAUUGCAAAAUGAUUGGUAACAUUUUCAUCUCAUUUUCAUUUUAUGACUGUUUAUCAUGGUAAUCAUUUCUAUAAGAAAUUAGAAGCCCGAUGUUUUCAUUUUCAUCUUACAUUUUGUAUAUGACUAAAACAUUUGAAUAAAGGUGUAAAGUUCAAA